AUGAGUGUAUCGGCUGGCAUAAUUAAGAGCCUGGCAGAAUGCCUUGGGUCCAUCCAGCAAAAUCCCUACCCACAUGUGCCAAAUCCUCCUGAUUGCCAGAAGCGUGCCUCAGUUGCUCUUGUCCUCCGAGUUCGUCCUGAUUAUGCUGAUAGCGUCACGAUCGCAUCUCGCCACUCCUCUACCGAAGGGAAUCAUGGGCUUCCUCCAAAGACAUUAGCAGACUUCUUCGCGCAGGCCUGGGUGCAGAAAGGAGACGCCGAAAUACUCUUCAUUAAGCGUGCAGGGCGUGUAGGGGAUCGAUGGUCAGGCCAUACUGCCUUGCCGGGCGGCAAGAGAGAUCCUCCCGAUGUGGACGACCGAGCUGCAGCGAUUCGUGAAACCAAGGAAGAAGUUGGUCUGGAUCUGUCACGGUCCGACUGCCUCUACGCAGGGAAUCUGCCAGAGCGCGUGGUCACAACUACAUGGGGCAAGAAGGGACUCAUGGUCUUGUGCCCCUUCAUGUUCAUCUUGACCAGUCCUACAUCCCCUUCACUACUACUUCAACCGGCGGAAGUGGCUGCAACUCAUUGGGUACCGCUCCGAGCCCUCCUCUCUUCCUCGCUUCGAACUCGUGAACUAGUCGAUGUAUCCAGUCGAUUUGGAAAGAGGGACGGGCCCGUACUCCGCUAUAUGCUGCGCUUCAUGCUGGGAAAGAUGAUGUUCUCCGCCGUGCGCUUGAUACCUUCCGAGAGCGUAUUUGCAUCAUCAAUCUCUGGGUUCAUCCCGGAUCCCCAGAAGAACGUCACUAUAUUCUCCGGACUGGCCAGGGGCUCAUUUGGUGUGCCCUCCAGUACGACCCCAUCCGGCCCUCUCCUCCUUUGGGGUCUCACCCUGGGCAUUGUUGCAGACCUACUUGAAAUGCUUCCGCCCCACAACGCAAUCGAGCUCUGGCAAUAUCCGACUUUCACCAGCCCAGAUCUCCGUCUUCUUGUUUAUCUCUUCACCUACAAGCUACGCCAAGCCAAUGCUCGUCAUCUUAGCGACGGUACCUGGCCAAGCCAGACUGCGGUUGACGCUUCCACUGCAGCUGUAGCGGUCUCCGAGGCCGAACCACAUCAGGCGAAGCCAAAUAACAUUGGCGUGGGAGGGCUCGGCUUUUCCAGCAGGCCCUCGCAUACGCUUAGCUUGAUGCUCUCUGGAUACUACGAGCGGGUGAACGUUGCUAUCGCUGUCUUCCUGGUUAUGAGAAUUGCUGCUGCAGGUGGCCUAGGCUACUAUGCCUUUCGGACGUGGAAGCUUUGGAAACGGUAG